AUGCCCACUGUCGCUGUCUUCUUUAAGGAUAAAACGAGGACCUUUCAACCAGGGUUGAACAAUAGGCUUAAGGAUUUGAUUAAUAUAAUCGCGCUGGGUCAUCUUUCUAUUGGUAUUGCUUUUAAUGUCGUAAAACAUAAUUCUGCAUGCGUGAGAGGUGUAGAAGCCGAUGUUCUGGCUGCUGACGUGCAGCAAGGGCAAGAGCUAGUGCCUAAGAUCUCUGUGGAUGUGGAGACCGAAAGGCAAGAUCACAGCGUCUUACGCGCUCCGCCCACCGUCGGCGAUGAUCGAGCACUGGUCUCGAGCCGCCUAUUUCAAGAUGCUGUGCUGGUGCGCGCUGAAGAGGAAUCGGAAUAUGAUUGGCCUCCUGCUGUAGAUCCGGAUGAUAACCGGUGGACGGUCGAGAAACUGAUCGAAAAGCGGCGGAUAGGGAGGGCAGUCAAGUACCUCGUGAAGUGGCUGGGAUAUCCGGACAGCGCAAACAGCUGGGAGAAAAAGAAGGAUAUCGAUCCUGACAUCGUCGCGGCCUUUGAAGCUGAACUCCUGCUGGCCCAGGAUCAGGUUUAGACGCUUAUCGAAUUUAUCGAAUUUUCCAUAUUUGUGAGUUGGAAGAUGA